AUGUCUCCCACGCAACCGGCACCAGCCCGCGUUACCUUUGAGCGGGCGGCAAAACGAAAGAUAAGCAACGCAGUAGAAGACUUGGAAGACAUGGUACAGGACGCUGCCGCGGUUGCAGAGGUUGCCGAUGAUCGGGGCCAAAUGGAAGAACUGUACACGAUUAUCGAGGGGGCGAGAGACGCCGUACACGACGCUACCACCGAGCCUGAAUAUCUCAUGACAACUGCCCUUCCUCUGAAGGUGUCUGAGUCUUCAAGCUCGCCUUCUCGCACUCACAACGUACUCCCAGUUGUCGUUGAUCGGACUAAUCUGGAUGAUAUCGCCCCCGACGUCCGUCUACAUGCUGACCUGCCAAGAGCAUCAGUGUCUUAUGACUGGGCCUACUCGAACCAGAAUGCGCGAAAAGAAAGCAGUUCUUCUACGUCGUCAUGUUCGUCCAGUGACCGCAAAAGCGAACGAGACCACCUUCAUGCCGAUCUGCUUCUACCCAAGCUCGUUCAGCCAGCUCCGAGAGAACAUGUGGAUUUUGUCCUCCGUCCUGUGGGCCGUGAUGAGUCUCGUGGUCGCUCUCGCCGACGCCACCACGGUGAUUCCACACGACACCGACAUCGACGCCACCAAAGCCCAAAGCUUGUGUGUCGACCCAAGCCCCGGCCCGAACCAAGAGAUUCAGGCUUCGGUGAAACCGAGUGCUCAUCCGACGAGGAUGAUGUACCAUCGAAACCAUAUGGCGGCGAACUCACCGUGCGGGAACAGGCACACCAUCAUACGUUUAGUCUUCAUCGACAUCACCGUAGACAGCCAAUUGCGAGAAACUGGUCUACGGGCAAGAAGCGUCUAACCGCCAGUAUUGCAUGCAUCAACACAGCUCUGCUUGGCAUCAUCGUCGGUAUCUACGCUGGUGAGGUACCUCGUAUCCAGUACUCUCUCGCAGACGAACGCCAUAUCGUCAUCAUAGGCAAUGCAGUACUCUACGCUGGACUUGCCAUCUCGACCUUCUUCGCUUGGACACUACCUCUCCUGCACGGACGCAAGCCCUACAUUCUCGCUUCUCUAGCGAUCGCCUUGCCACUUCAGUUUCCCCAAGCUAUUGUUGUAAGCGGGUACCACAAUAAGGAGGCAAAGUACCGUGUUGGGCUCUUGUUAUCACGUGGUGUAUCUGGUUUCGUCCUCGGCUUCGCAAAUGUCAAUUACAUCACUGUACUGCUUGACCUCUUUGGAGCUUCGCUACAGUCCAAGAACCCUCACCAAGAGUUCGUUGUCGCGAAUGAUGUCCGCCGCCAUGGUGGAGGUAUGGGCAUGUGGCUGGGCAUCUGGUCAUGGUGCUGGAUUGCUUCCAUUGCCGUCGGCUUUCAGAUUGGCGCUGCGAUCAUCGACUGUCUAUCGCCGCAGUGGGGAUUCUACAUUAUCGUCGUGAUUCUGGCUUUUGCCUUGGUCCUCAACAUCACGACUUCGGAAACGCGACGCGCACCCUUUCGGAAGUCUGUAACUGAGGUGUACGACAGAGACGAGAACUAUAUUACCAGGCGCGUGAGUCGGGGUGAGGUAAAGUUACAUAUCGAGACUGAGGGACCGAAGUAUUGGUUUGAAGAAGUGUGGGCGGGUAUCAAGCUCAUGACAAUGAUGCUCUGCCAACCUGGCUUCCUCGUCCUGGCACUCUACCUUGGAUGGAUCUACGCGCAGGUGGUACUUGUGAUCGUCCUUCUCGGUGCUCUGUUGUCGCGAGACUACCGAUGGAAACCAACAAAGGUGGGCGCGGGCGUUAUAUCGAUAGCUAUUGGCGCCUUCCUUGCCAUCCCCUUGACGAAAGCCGGCAUCUUCUCUCGUGAGCGGAAAAGUGCAUUUCGCACCGACUCCAUGACCUUCCAGAAGCAAGUGACCUGGUCGAGCCAUCUUGUCCGCCGCGCCAUCUUCACGCUCACGCUUCCGCUGAUGGGCAUGGCGUACACUGUCUCGUCGGCUAGGUGCCCUCAACCAUGGCUUGUACCGAUUAUCUUCGCUGGCGCUGUAGGAUUCCUCAGUAUCCUCGCCAUAGCCGAAUGCCAUGGUCUGAUGAUGGAGACGUUCGAUACAUGUGACUUGCAACCUGGAGUCAACACGCGACAUCGCUUGCAAAGCAUGGCUGUACAAGAUCGUAGAAGGAGGACAAACUACACAUCAUUCCCUCGUGUCACUGCGGGUAUCUUCGCUAGCCAGAUUAUCGCUUUCGUCCUCGCCGCUGUCGCAACCAUGGUGGGCGGCAACAUGACGCGAAGUCUUGGCGCACAAAAGUCCACGGGUGCCACAGCGGGCAUUCUCUUUGGCAUCACUGUUCUUCUGAUCCUGGUCCUCUGUCGCUUCAAGUCCGUACAAGUUAUACCCAACCAUACCUUCGGAACCCGUCGCGACACGGCAGCCUGGCAAGAGUUCAAAGAUCUAGAAAACGUCGGCCGGGGCAGCGACUGGAAAGCUGUUGUAAUUGGAAACCCCAGUGGUAAGAUGAGAAGGAUGAGUGUGCUUGAGCUGGGCGCAUUGAGUCGCUGGACUGAGAUCAGAAAGUUGAACUUUCUGAUCAAAGGUGAGAUGUUGGGACAGCCCAAGGAGAAGAAGAGGAGUUUCGAUGGUAGUUGGUGA